AUACAUGAAAAUUAUAUUAGAAAUUUGAAAAGUCAAAAAUGGUUAAAUACAAUUUAUUUAAAGAUAUACUAAGACAAGAAGAAAUAGAAAAUUUUUUUGAUGCUUGUCAACGACACAGGGACUACUAUAGAGGUUAUCCAAAAGCUCAUCAUCCCUUGCUAUACUUUAAAGACCCGGAAUACAUGUGGCAAUGUCCGCCAGAGAUGUCGCCAACAUAUUUAUCGUUCCCGAUGUACCAUGUGAAGUAUAAGCAACCAGUUGUGCUACCAGGCAACACUGGAAGAACCAGUGGUUUCCCCGCGUUGCCGAACCGCACACUUGCUGGACGCUUUAACAAAGCGGCCUGUAAAGCCUUUGUUAGAUGACCAGUAUACAUUUUCUAGCGAUAUUUUGUAUAAUGUCUAUUUUGUAAUUAAAU